AUGGGAUUUUUUGAUUUACAUGAACCUGAAGAUGGACAAGAUCAAUUCUUUUUAUAUGCAAUGAUUGUUCUACCAAUAUGUUCAUCAAGUGCUUAUGUAUUUGAUGCAUGGUUUCAUUUUCAAUAUCCCACUGAAGAACGUUCUUAUGAAGGUCUUCUAUCAACUAUAACGAUUGUAUUUUUGUUUUUACAAUAUUGUGUACCAAUACGUUCACGAAAAGCAUUGACUAUUUAUUAUAUCAUAUUAUGUAUGAUAACAGAAACAGGAACAAUUGGUUAUUUAAUUUAUUAUAUAGAAAAAAAAGAUAUCGUAAAUAUGAUAUUUUAUAGUUGUUCAAUAUUAUUUGAUUUAUUAUUUACAAGUGGUUUAAUUUAUUGUCGUGUUAUUAAACAAUAUGAAUCACAUAUACUUGUAGAAAAUAAACAUUUAUUUCAUUUUAUGUCACGUUUAGAAGUUAUAUUAACAAUAUUUAUACCAGCUUAUAUGAAUUCAAAUUAUACAUCAUUAACACGUAAAAUGAUAGCAUAUUUUCUUUUAUUUGAUUUUUUUUCUGAUGCAUAUUCAAGAUUUCAAGGUGUAUGGAUAAAAUCAGCAUUAUAUUUAUUUGCAACAACAACAACUAUAUCUGUUGCAACUGAAUGGUUUUAUUUUAAUCAUCAUAACCAUAUCUAUGAACGAGUUUCGGUUUUAUCAGAACUUGUUGCAGCUAUACUAUGUUAUACAAUUAUUAUACUACAAUUUUUUCCAUUUCAUUUUAAAACUCAACAUGUACAAAAUAUUGCGCGUGAAGCGUUACUUUUUCAAAGAAAUUUAUAUGCAUCUCAUGUUAGGACUAGUAUUGCAAUAACCAGAGCAAUUGAUUUAAUGAAAAAUGAAGAGAUUAAAAAUGAAACAGAGACUACUACUACUGGUAGUAAGAAUGAUUUAAGUAUGGACACAACUAUGUAA